AAUCAGUUAUCUCAAAGAUUUUAAACUAACAAGAACUCUUUACAAUGGAGACAAAACCAAUCCUAAAACAAGAGUUCCAUUUGGAAAAUUCUAAACCGGACUCUUUACUUGAAGCAUUAUUGGAUGCUGAAGUGAACUCAAUAAACUGGGAACCCGGGAAGCCUAGUUCUAAUGUCAGGACUUUUCUAAAAUACAGAGAUGAUCAACAAUAUCCUGCGGAUUAUUCCUAUCAACCUGUGUCAUCUCCUGAACCUAGUUAUCAAGUUCCUAUUACAGCGUACUCCACGUUAUCCCGACCAGUACAUCUUCCACCCCGACAGUUCUCCUAUUCUCCUCUAUCAAGCCAACCCUCUCCCAGGGAGAUAUUUUCCUCUCCACAUUAUCCUGAACCUAGUCCAGUAUACAGCCAGGUUCCUGGUUCACCACUCUACACUCAACCUGGUUACCAAGAUGAUCAAAUAUAUUCUCAACCUUCUUCAUACACUCAGGAAUACGAUCAAUCCCAAAUUAAACACGAGUACCAAGAGUACUCCUCGUAUCCUGAUUACCAACACGAGUACUCAGAGUACCAGGGUUCCCAGCCUAGUUCCCAAACCUCGGAUGGAGAUAUUGUGAUACUAGUUUCACAGGAUGAAUUAUCCUAUGCGACUCCGUUCUCCUGUAUACCACCCGAGUACUCGGUACCCUAUGAUACUAGAUUACACAACGAACCAACAGCAGACAAUUACCAACAACCCAAUGCCGCAAACACCCUAGGUUCUGAUUUUACUUCGCAACCUGCUGAAGGUGUAACCGUGGCUCGAACAAGCAACUGCGAACCUGAGAAGAAACGUCGCCUGCCUCCACAUUUCCUGACUAAGUGUGUGAACUGCUUCACAAGCCAGACCAGCCUGUGGCGGAGGGAUGGUGAGGGUAGACCUGUAUGUAACGCCUGCGGACUCUAUUUCAAGCUUCAUGGUAAGAAAAGACCAGCUAGUUGGAGGAGGGAUGUAACCAGCUCAAGAAAACGAGAUGUUAAGAAGAAAAUGAAAACACCAAAGUGAACUGAGCUGUUAAAAUAAUGUAUCGUACUGGAAUAAAAGCUUAAAUAAAAAAAAUUGUUUUCUUUAUUUUUAAAGAUGUUAAUUAAUUUUUAAAA